CAUCGAUGAUGCUGCUCGGCACUGCGCCUGCGCACACGGUGGACAGCUGAUAACUCAUCUAUUAUGCUACUUGGCUAAAAUAUAAACGUUGGAGAAACCGGACGGUAAUCCGCCGCUGGACGCAUCGGAGCACCGAAACACAAAGUUGUGCGAUGGGAGUUUGUCUCCUCGAAGGAAACAUCGAGCUGAAGCCUCCCCAGCAGCACCUGGACUGAACUGAACACACCCCCACCUCACACCUGUGUGCCCUCACACACACACACACACACACACACACACACACACACACACACACACACACACACACACACCCUCCUCCUGCAGAGGGAGUUUGUUUUCUCACCUCCAGGCCGAACCCUGCCGUCCCACGGUGCAUUGCUGCGUCUCCACCGUCCACCAUGUCGGACGCCCCUGAGGCUGCUCCCCCCAGCCCCCCAGCCCUCACCAACCCCCCCCCUGAGGUCACCAACCCCACCAAGCCGGGCAGGAAGACCAACCAGCUGCAGUACAUGCAGAACGUGGUGGUGAAGACUCUGUGGAAGCAUCAGUUCGCCUGGCCCUUCUACCAGCCGGUGGACGCCAUCAAGCUGUGUCUGGCGGACUAUCACAAGGUGAUCAAGAACCCCAUGGACAUGGGAACCAUCAAGAAACGUCUGGAGAACAACUACUACUGGAGCGCCAGUGAAGCCAUGCAGGACUUCAACACCAUGUUCACCAACUGUUACAUCUACAACAAGCCUACAGAUGACAUCGUCCUCAUGGCUCAGGCUUUAGAGAAGAUUUUCCUACAGAAAGUAGCUCAGAUGCCUCAAGAAGAAGUCGCUCUGCUGCCUCCAGCUCCGAAAGGCAAGAACAAGAGCAAGCAGCCGGCCGCUACUACAGUGAGUCAGCAGGCCGAGUCUUCAGCCUCCCCUCCCCCCUCCUACCCCUCCCCCUCACCUUCUCAGACACCUGUCAUCUCGACCACGCCCACACCUGUACAGGCUACGCCCCCCGUGUCUGCCCCGCAGCCCCCGGCAACCAUGAUGCCAUCUGCACAGCCUGUUGUCAAGAAGAAAGGUGUGAAGAGGAAAGCCGACACCACCACUCCGACCACGUCAGCAAUCUCCGCCGGUCGCGCCGACUCUCCGUCCGCUCAGGACACCAAACCGGCCAAACUUGGCUCCUCUCGCCGUGAAGCUGCCGCUCGCCCGGCAAAGACCCGGCGGGAGACGGGUGAGGAGGUGGCGGGAGGAGAGGUUGGUGGAGGUGGUGGCGUGGCGGGCGGGAGGAAAGGCGGGAAGCUGGGUGAACAGAUGAAGCACUGCGACGCCAUCCUGAAAGAGAUGCUGUCGAAGAAACACGCCGCCUACGCCUGGCCCUUCUACAAGCCAGUGGACGCCGAGGCGCUGGAGCUGCACGACUACCACGACAUCAUCAAACACCCCAUGGACCUCAGUACUGUCCGGAAAAAGAUGGAUAAAGGAGAGUACAGCGACCCUCAGAGCUUCGCCACCGACGUCAGGUUAAUGUUCUCCAACUGUUACAAGUACAAUCCUCCAGACCACGAGGUGGUGGCCAUGGCCCGCAAGCUGCAGGAUGUGUUUGAGAUGCGGUUCGCAAAGAUCCCAGAUGAGGGCCUGGAGGCGUCGGUUCCUUCUACCACCCCUUUGGUCAGUAAAAGCACCGCCUCCUCUGACAGCAGCAACAACUCCUCCUCUGACGAAUCGUCUGACUCUGAGGAGGAGCGAGCCACGCGAUUGGCUGAGCUUCAGGAGCAGGUUGGUGCUGCCGACCAAUCACAGUUGAAGGCGGUGCACGAGCAGCUGGCCGUCCUGUCCCAGGCUCCGGUCAGUAAGCCAAAGAAGAAGAAAGAGAAGAAAGACAAGGAGAAGAAGAAGGAUAAGGACAAAGAAAAAGGGAACAAGACCAAGAUGGAGGAGGAGAAGAAGCCGAAGGCCGCCGCCCAGCAGCCCAAACCAGCCAAUCAGAAGAAGGCACCCGCCAGAAAAGCCAACAGCACGGUGAAUGCCACCAGGCAACCGAAGAAAGGCAGCAAGACGUCGGGUGGCGGCUCCGCCAACGGCGACGAUGGCGAGGAGUCAUCGCUGCCGAUGUCGUAUGACGAGAAGCGCCAGCUGAGCCUGGACAUCAACCGGCUGCCAGGAGAGAAGCUGGGUCGAGUCGUCCACAUCAUCCAGUCUAGAGAGCCAUCGCUGAGGGACUCCAACCCCGACGAGAUCGAGAUCGACUUCGAGACGCUCAAACCCUCCACACUCCGAGAGCUGGAGCGCUACGUCAAGUCCUGCCUGCAGAAGAAGCAGAGGAAGCUCCUGCAGAAGGCAGCAGGAGGCGGGGCCUCUGGAGGCGGGGCUAGUCGUUUGAGUGGCAGCUCCUCUUCCUCCUCUGAUGACAGCUCCUCAACAGGAACCUCCUCUUCCUCCGACACAGACUGAACACACACACACAGACACACACGUUACUGAACACACACACACAGAGGUUUAUUCACACACACACGCACACACUCACACACACGUGUAAACUUCCAUCCUGGACAAACACACAAACAAGACAGAGAUACACACUCUGAACUUCUUACCAUAGACACACACACACACAUGCGCACGCCCAGACGUGGAGACUGUAUGUAAAUAGGCUGAACCGUUUUUUAGCUCCUAGUGUUGUUUCGUUUUUCCUGGAGGACGCAGACAGACACCAGAGGAGGAGCAGAAGAAGAACGCAGCGACGUCCAGCAGCAAGAGAAGAAGAAGGAGGAGCGGUGGGCGGAGCCAGCAGGCGGGGAGGCGGGAUCUGGAGAUGAAUGAGGUGUUCUUCCUCCUCCUCUGGUGGGUGGCGGCUGGCGGUGACCCCUGACCUCUGGACACAUUCCUGGAGCAUCAUGGGAGACGAGGGCAGGUGACCUCGGGGGGGUUCUGGAUGUUGAUCGAUUGGGAACGAGGAGAGACAAUAAUGUCGGUUUGGUUUGAAGACAUUUGGCUGCAGAGAGACGAUCCGCUACAAUCCAGAAACAUUGAUCACUUCCUUAUCGAUUAGUCUGAUCACGUACGUCAUUUAGGUUCCAAACAAUCCCAAACCAAAGAUAAUCAGUUCAACUUUGAGCUCAUUCCUCCAAUCAGAUUCUGAGUCAGCCCAAGAUUCCUUCACUUCUCAGUGUGUUGAUUAAAAUAAAUGGUGAAAACAUAGUUUGUAACUUCCUGUCUGAGCAUCUUCACGUCUGAGAAGCUGGAGCCGGUGAAUGUUUGGAGGGUUCCUCAGAAACCUGCAGGAAAGAAUCUACGAAUCAAGUUAACGGAAACAAUCUGAAGUGUUGUGGACAGGUAAAGGUGUUUAGUUCCUCUCAGACUCAGCUGGAACCUCUUCAGACUGCUCUGGAUCGUCUCUCUGCUCACUGGGAUGUCUGCUUGUAGAAUCCUGCCCCCUGCUGGUCCUGCAGGGCGUCACACUGCAGCCACAAACUUUUCUUUUUUUAACACUACAUUUACUUUUAUUUUCUUUGAUUUUUCAGGUUGUGUGCUGAACUUGUUUGUGUCUUAUAAGGUUCUCUAUAUAAAGAUGUAUUUGUACCGCUGUCCUGUUCAAAGCCCCGCCCCCUCGCCAAAUCAACCACUCAUACUGUAAAGACCGACCGGUUCCGGCUCCCGUUCUUUUAAAGCUUCUUAUUUUAGCCCAAAACGAUAAAAGUCUGUCCGACAAACGACUCGUAUUUAUUCAUCAGCUCGUGUUUUUAUGAUUUUUAGUGUCCCAGAGUAAAACCAAACAUUCACCAGGAGCUCCAGAGCAGUCUCCUGAUUGGCUGCAGCAGCUCUGAUCGAUAACCAAUAAGGAGAUUGAUUGGCUUCCUUCAGGCGAUCAUGUGACCUGCCAUUGGGUGGUAUGUCAUCAGUAGGUUGAGGAAGUGAUGUCGUGAUAGUAUCUGUCAGUCAAUCGUGUGUUUGAUUAAGACUCUGUUCUGGUUCCAGGUUCUCGAAUUCUUGAGAUCUAGAGCCUCUGAUUGGCUCUGCUUCAUUCUGGGAUUUAUUGUCACGUGAUUGAAGAUCAUGAGGUCAUUGGUUUUUGAUUGGUUGGAGGUGGGUUCUCGUCAGCUUCCUGCUUCUUCACAUCUCCGAUCAUCUUGUGACGUCUCAGUGAUGAAAGUUUGGUUUUAUGAGCAGUGACGAUCGACCUUGAGCCCAGUGACGACAGCGUGUCCAACAUUAUUCAGAAUCUGCCUUAAAUGAGAUAAAAUGACUAAAAAUGGUCCAAAAUCACCUGAGACUGGUCUAGAACAAUUUAUAGAUGAUCCAGUGUGCUUCAAGCUCAUCUAGAAUGUCUCAAAACCUGAGUCAGCAUUGUAGCCAAAAAUAUUAUGGGAUGUAUCCGAGUGUGAACAGUUUAGAGUCCGAGAAACAAUCAUUGGUUCCUUGGAUGUGGUUCUGGUUUCUGAUAAUUCACCAGAGGAACCUUUAAAAAGUGAUAAAUCUGGACCCACCUCUAUGGACUUCAAGGACCUGGAAUGUUCUCAGUGAGACUAAACCUAAAGACUGGAAGCAGGAAAGGAGAACGUCCCCUGGAGAAAGUUCUAGAGCAGACCUACGACAACUGUUGUCGGUAGGUCUGCUCUCGAACUUUCUCCAGUUGUCGGUAGGUCUGCUCUCGAACUUUCUCCAGUUGUCGGUAGGUCUACUCUUGAACUUUCUCCAGGGGACGUUCUCCUCUAUGGAGUUCAAGGGUGUGGAACUCUGGAGAUGUCCCCAGUCUGAAGGCAGAACUCUGAUCGUUGAUAAAGUUCCAUCACAACAAUCCUGACCAAUGAGGUGUGAGAUCUGUUUUAACUGGUUGGACGAGCUGCCGAGGAGCUAUCUGAUUGGCUCGGGCUUCAUUCUGGGAUUUAUUGUCACGUGAUUGAAGAUCAUGAGGUCAUUGGUUUUUGAUUGGUUGGAGGUUGGUUCUCGUCAGCUUCUUGCUUCUUCACGUCUCCGAUCAUCUCGUGACAUCUCAGUGAUGAAAGUUUGGUUUUAUCGGACAGUCGGACAGCCCGUUGCCACAGUAACCCUCCUCUGUUUGUUUUUAGUUGAUGGUCGAGCUUUGACGCUAAUAGUUAAUUUUGUAUUUUAAUAAGAAAAAGGAAAAAAGUGAUUUUAUGUAUUUGCAUGCACUCCGGCCGUACGUUCUUUCUUCCGUAUGUUUGAGCACUGUAUAGUAGCUGUAUAGUAGCUGUCUGAGGUUAGAUGGAACUAGAGGCAGAGAGGACGAACCGGCGAAAACCAACAAGUGAAUUAUUUGAUGUAAUUACUGAUAUGGGAUCCUUAUUUUCUGAGUUCAUUUGUUUUCAUAAAUAAACACGUAAACCGACA